AUGAGUGACAGGAGCCAACUGCUGGGAGCUACACAUGCACUCAGUCGGUCUCCUAAAUUGUCUGUCUUAUCUGUUAUCUGGGUCAAACACUACACUGCUUUUCAAGGUUUGUUGUCCAGUCUCUGAGAAAGAUGGCUACCAGUAAUCCAGUAUUGAACAGAUUAGAGCAGAGGGCCUCAGAGGCUGAUCAAGUUAUUGUAUACCUCAAACAGCAAGUUGCACUUCUUAAAGAAAAAGCAAUUUUGCAGGCAUCUCUACGGGAGGAGAAGAAGCUCCGCGUGGAAAAUGCAAAGCUGAAGAAAGAAAUUGAAGAACUGAAAGAUCACCUUGUGCGAAAAGAAGUAAAAAAUGGAGUUAAACAGGUUGGUGUUCCUGCUAGUACACCAGCUGUCUCCAGUUCCGCUACCUCACAACCUGCUGCUCAACCUGCUCCUGUGAAACCUGCCCCUCCAGCACCGAAAGUAGGGGGUGAAGAGAAGAAAAAGGAAAAGACCGAAAAGAAAGGAGAGAAAAAAGAGAAGAAAUCUGCUGCAGUGGUUGAUGACUCCAGACCUGUUGAUGUGUCUCGCUUGGACAUGCGUGUGGGCUGCAUCAUCUCAGCCAAGAAGCACCCAGAUGCAGACUCUCUGUAUGUAGAAGAAGUAGACGUAGGAGAAGCCAUACCAAGGACUGUCGUCAGUGGCCUUGUGAAGCAUAUUCCAAUUGAACAGAUGCAGAAACGGAUGGCUGUGCUGCUCUGCAACUUGAAACCUGCCAAAAUGAGAGGGGUGCUAUCCCAAGCCAUGGUUAUGUGUGCUAGCUCUCCAGAGAAGGUGGAAAUAUUGGACCCUCCCAGUGGAGCAGUUCCUGGAGAUAGAAUCACCUUCCGGGGCAUACCAGGAGAACCCGACAAAGAGCUAAAUCCUAAGAAGAAGACCUGGGAGCAGAUCCAGCCUGACCUCCUUACUAAUGAGGACUGUGUGGCCAUGUAUAAGGGUGUACCAUUUGAAGUGAAUGGAAAAGGGGUAUGCAAAGCCCAAACGAUGUCACGAAGCAGCAUUAAAUAAAUGAUGUCUUCUCCUUUGGUAGGGUGUGAAGAGCACAUUCUAAAGCUGAGCUAGUGCAGAGAGCAAAUUACAAUAAACGCUGACAACUUGUUAAUCACCA